UUCUUCACACAUCACAAUCUCACCAUCGUUGAUACCUUACUUGCUGUGAUUUCAAUUCCAGGUUCGAGAUACGACCAUAAGGAUUAUCACCUUCUCCAGAAGGAUGCAUCAUCUAUCACUUCUGCCGCGAAGGCUAACCACCUUGACUGCAACCCAAUCUGCCUUCCGCUCACAGUCUCGUCUGAAUUCUCAACUAGCCAGACCGCCAUUUUUCUCAAGAACCGUUCCAUCCGCAAGAAGACCCUUUCUGCAUCAGCGGAGAUAUGAGUCCGCACUUACGAAGCAGGGCGAAGAACCCCGGCGACCCAGUGGACGAGAUGAGCCUUCCUAUGACCUAACAUUCACAUGCAAGCCAUGUUUAUAUCGAUCAACCCACCGAAUCACCAAACAAGGCUACCAUCAUGGAACAGUCCUGAUUACAUGCCCUUCGUGCAGCAAUCGUCAUGUCAUUUCGGAUCAUUUGCGCAUCUUUCUCGACUCACAGUCGAGUCUGGAAGAUAUUCUGAAGCGGAAGCUGGCUGAGGGUGAAGAUUUGACCAAGCUGUUGAAGAAGGGAAAACUAGGAAUGCGUCAGAACUCGAUGAUUGGCAAUGAAGGGGAGGAAGACAUUGAGUUCUGGGAAGAUGGGACAGAGACAUAUCGGCGGACGUCGCCAACAGAUCCCAAGUCGCCAGGGGAGCAAAGUUGAAAUAUGGAUGACAGGCUAUGCUCUGCCUCAUGGCGUUAUCCUACACACUGAAAACGCGACUGGAGAAAGAACAUACUAAUUCUGGCAUUUUGAAGACUUGGGAACAGCUCAUCUGGGUGAAAGCAUUCGUCUGUUGAAGAACGAAUUGCGGCCCACGCACUCGCUGCCACCUCAUUGGACCCGAGCUGGGCACCACCAUCCCUAGCCAUGUAUGAUAUAUGUAUUAUAUUUGGAGAUGACUAAAAUCUCCCAGAAGCGACGCUUGAUGCAUAUUGAAUCUUCUGUACUCUCUGAUUUUAUGUCGAUAAUGACAAGGAC